AGCAGCAGCCAAUGGGAAGCCGGCGGGCGCCUGAGGCUUCCGAAGGAAAGUAAUGGCGCCUCGAGCGCAGAGAUUGAGGCCGGCGGCGGCGUUCGUGUUGCUGCCUCUCUUUUUCCUCAGCGUGGCUCGUCCGGCCUUUUCUGGGCGUUACUCGCCCACCUGGGCUAGCCUGGACUCGCGGCCGUUGCCCGGAUGGUUCGACGAGGCCAAGGUGGGCAUCUUCGUGCACUGGGGCGUUUUUGCCGUGCCGGCCUGGGGCUCGGAGUGGUUCUGGUGGCACUGGCGGGGCGAGCACAAGAUCGACUUCGACCUCUUCGUCCGCUCGCGGUUCCCGCCGGGCACCUCCUACGCCGACUUCGCCCCUCAAUUCACCGCCCGCGACUUCCAGCCCCACGCAUGGGCCAGACUCUUCCAGGAGGCCGGAGCCAGGUAUGUGGUGCUGACUGCAAAGCAUCAUGAAGGCUUCACAAACUGGGGGUCCCCUGUGUCCUGGAACUGGAACUCCAUGGAUACAGGACCCCAUCGAGACUUGGUGGGAGAACUAGGGGCAGCCCUCACAGAAAGGAAUAUACAUUAUGGAUUGUACCAUUCCAUGUAUGAGUGGUUUAAUCCACUCUAUUUAGCGGACAAAAAAGCUGGUUUCAAGACCCAGUAUUUUGUGUUGGAGAAAACGCUGCCAGAGCUUUAUGAUCUUGUUUCAAGAUACAAGCCGGAUAUCAUUUGGUCCGAUGGAGAUUGGGAGGCUCCGGACACAUACUGGAACUCUACCUCUUUCCUUGCCUGGCUUUACAAUGAAAGUCCAGUAAAGGAUACUGUUGUGGUAAAUGAUCGGUGGGGCAUCAACUGCUCCUGCCGUCAUGGAGGAUUCUACAACUGUGCAGAUAAAUACAAGCCUGGCACUCUGCCAACCCACAAGUGGGAGAUGUGCAGUUCUAUUGACAGGAGAUCAUGGGGAUAUCGAAGCGACAUGCAAAUGGAUGAACUCAUGGAUGCUUCCAGCAUAAUUAAGGAACUUGUGAGCACUGUGAGCUACGGAGGAAAUUACCUUCUCAACAUUGGUCCCACCAAAGAAGGGGUGAUUGCUCCAAUCUUCCAAGAGAGGCUGUUGGCACUUGGGAAGUGGCUGAACAUUAAUGGGGAAGCUAUUUAUGAAUCGAAGCCCUGGAAAGUGCAGACAGAGAAUGUCACCACCAAGAUAUGGUACACUUCAAAAGCAGCUACAGUUUAUGCUAUCUUUUUUAUCUGGCCACAAGACAACGUGUUGAACCUUUCAUCUCCAGACUUCACAGCAGGCAAGCAAGUGACCAUGUUGGGAUUCCCUGAGUCUUUGAAGUGGCAGUGGACCCCAGGCAAAGGAUUGCAGGUCAGGCUGCCCUCUACAGUGCCUUCCAUUCUCCCGCUGCAGAAUGCCUGGACUCUCAAGCUCGUUGGAGUAGAAUGAAAGAACUCUUCGUUCUUUUCUAUCUGAAACACUAAAGCUGCUGGGAUUGGUGGCAUGCACUUAUUUAGAGUGGGGUGGGAUCUGCGAUUAAAUAAAACAGAACUCUUGCCAAAUCAGUAAUAUUUAAAUACUUCUUUUUAAUAGUAACGCGCUAAAGUAUAGAAGGGUGUAUGUUUCAUCACUCCAGGGACUGAAAUACUCUGGUGUAAAUGUGUGAAGCUGGACUUAUGUGGAAAUGACGUCCACUGUGACCUCUCAGGGAAAUAACACUGAAGUUAUUCAGUGGGAUGAAAUAGAAUUUUAAACAGCAGCUGUGCAGAAUUUCAGAGAGGCAGGUCUCUACUUCAUGGUUGCUGUUUUUCCAGCAGCCAAAUGGGACCAAAUCAGCUUAGAUGUUGGAGCCAGAAACUAGCUAAAGUGAAAGAUUUCUUCUUUCCAGUUUGGAAGAUAAGACACCUCCAUUAAAGCUUCAAGGUCUUUUCCACACACAUAGCUUACCAAAGAUUUCCCCAGUGAUCAAACUUUGUGUCUUAGAAAUGUUUUCUGAGAAAUCAUUCCACACACCUCCUUUCUCCUGACAAAAUGGAAGGUUUGAGUUUUGAAAAGUGACAAAAUUGGAAGGUUUGAGUUUUGAAAAACCAAUGGGUAGGAAAAGAAUGGCUGGUGACCCAAAGAGGAAUGCCGUUAAAACUGGUGUGAUAGCCCAAGGGAUUCUGGAUAUUACAGGCAUUUUUACCUGUGGCAGCUAUUUUGGAAAAAUCGGUGGUUCCAAAUUUCAAAAAACUGAUUAGUGGGGAAGAAUCCUUAGGAACAACUGAGCAAAAUGCCGUUAAAACUGGUAUGAUAGCCCAAGGGAUUCCAGAGAUACAGGUGGUUUUUUAUCCAUGGUGGCUAUUUUAAUAUUGGGUCUUUUUUUCUGCAGAGGAAUCACACUUCUAUCACUUCCAUCGAAUGCAGAACUACAUUUUUAUCUUUUGGUGAGACAGUAUAGUUUCAAUCUCUGCCUUCACAUUACAUUGCUAGUUUGAUAUGACAAAGAAAAAAAUGUAAUCCUUUUUAAAACUGCAGGAGAAAGUAAAGUUGAGUAACUGCACAGGACGUGGAUAAAGGCCAGGUGUUUGCACAAAAUGGCAACUGAAUGUAAAAACACAGGUAGCUCAGCAACUACAACAGCUGGAUACCUCUGGACUACUAGAACAGUUCAGUGCAGGAUCAGAAGUAAGGCUGAGGGAAGCAUACCUGAGACUGCACCAUGACGUGAUUUCUAUGGGCUGCCCUGUUCCAAAGGAACGCAAGUUAUACUGAGGUGCAAAGGGAGGGGGCAUGCAUACACUCACACACCUCAGUAUACAUACAAAUUUUACUGCUAUGUUGAACUGUUUGACGACUGGGCCAUUCACAGUAUGUUAAUCAUGAGGCCUUUCUGUUUUUCAUGUGACUUCAAAUGUAGUUUUUGAAAUAAAAAUGAUGUGACUGAA